AUGGAGGUCGACUCGCCGGCCAAGGCGUCGAAGAAGACCAAGCGGGACAAGAAGGACAAGGCGGCCGCUGUGGACGGCGACGACGCUCCCGACGCCACUGCGGGAGAGCUUGCGCCCAUCGCGCAGCCCCUUGCUGUCAAGAAGACGGGCAAGCACGUCCUCAAGCUCGUCAAGCGGGCGUCCAAGUCGCGGCACCUCAAGCGCGGCGUCAAGGAGGUCGUCAAGUCGAUCCGCAAGGGCGAGAAGGGCAUCGUCGUCCUCGCCGCCGACAUCUCGCCGCUCGACAUCCUCACCCACAUCCCGUUGCUCUCGGAGGAGGCAAAUUGCCCGUACAUCUGGGUCACGUCGAAGGAGCAGCUCGGCCUCGCGUCGUCGACCAAGCGCCCGACGUCGUGCGUCAUGGUCGCCCAGGUCGGCAUGAAGCGCAAGCAGAAGGCGGGCGAGGAGAAGAAGGACGACGCCAAGGUCCAGGAGGCCGAGAAGGAGUUCCAGGAGAGCUACGACGAGGUCAAGAAGGAGGUCGAGGCGCUCGAGGUCGCCAUCCCGACGUACUAG